AUUACUGUACAGCGUCCCGUUGUGUUUUUCGUUAUCAUCCAUUUUGUAUGAAACUGGAUAUUUACAAGAAUAUUCGUCAUUUAGAAAUGUCUUGCCAUACAUGUUCUCUGUGCCACAAGAUGCCAAGAAUGCCAGAAUAACAUUCCGUUCAAGUCAUGUUCCAGAUAGUUGUGAUACCAGAAAAGUACAGAUACAGUUACAGUAUGGUAGUCUUCCAUUAGGUAAAAAUGAAACAUUUCCUGUUGGCUAUUACCUGGAUAGAGGUGAUGUACAGGAGGUCAAUAUUCAGAGUGAUAAUAAGACAACACAAGUAGAUCUGACACACCCACUUCCUGGUGACUGGUUUGCUAUUGCUUAUAUUCCUGACAAAGAUACUAAACUGAGACCAAAGGGUUUAUUCCCAAGUUGUUAUUACAAAUUGAAUGUAGAAUUGACAUCAACAGUUCUAAGCAACAUAGACAGUAUUCAUUUAUACCAUAACUAUCAAGCUAGAAUCUCUAAACCAGUCAUAUAUAGGUUUAACAUUUUAGAAACGACUUCAGCGUACCAUGUACUGGUGUCUGGAUGUACAAAUGUUACAGGUAGUCCGGUUAGCUGUUUAGUAGAUCUGAUUACAAGAGGUCAAGGGGUACCAGAUUUACAUCACUAUGACAACAAAUAUAUUUGUAAUGAUACAGAUCAAUGUAUUAUCACUGUUCCCGUAUUAUACCAAUAUGGCCACCAAUAUGUCAUGUUUACGUCCUCGGCAGAUAUCACUUUUACAUUUAAUAUAUCAACCUCUAAAUGUGAAUCUCAAGAUCUGACCUCUGGUAUGUUAAAUGAUUCAUGUAUUAUGUACCCUCUGAUGGAUAGACAGGAGUACCAGACAGUCUUUAAAACAAAGUACAUGUACAUAAGAAAUGGUACAAUAGUAGACAAGCCUUAUAUUUUGUCAGAGAAUUCAACAUUAAUUGUUCCAUAUGAAAUCAAAAGUGGAAUUGAUAAUGGUGGAUCUGUUGUCUUAAAAGUCAUUGUUUUAGCCGACCCAAAGGUAAAAGACACAGAUGUUAAAAUCUUGGUUAGAACAUGUCUUCAUAGGACAAUGCCAGAAAGAUCAGUGAACAGUGAAUGUCCACCUAGUGCAGCCCAGCUGUCAGUUAACACCAGCACAUCUCUUGUGUUACAAGAUAGCGUGAUUGUUCCAUACCCUAAAGCAGGCACAUGGUUUACAACCCUUUCUAUGUCAUGUUUUAUUUCUGACACUAAUACAAGUGUUAUUACUGUGUCUUGUGGAAACAUAACAGUGAAUGUAUCAUUAGACAUACAAUCAGAUAGAUGUGUAGAAGGCAGAUGUAACGACAAAGGGAAUUGUGCUGUUUACUUACAAGGGAGAUUACUGGUGUCAACCUGUGUUUGUCAUGGAGGUUGGUCUGGUUAUGCUUGUAAUGAUGGGUCUGACUUAAUACCAGGGCAUGAACAGCUAACAGAAUUAAUACUAUUGACUGUCAGCCAUGUUAUGUUUAUACCAGCUGUUAUUCUUACCCUUUACAGAACACAUUAUGUUGAAGCAUUUGUCUACUUCUAUACAAUGUUUUUUUCUGCAUUUUACCAUGCCUGUGAUGGAGGUAGAUCAGAUGAGUACAAGUAUUGUAUAAUAAAUCUUAGUGUGCUCAGUUUCUGUGAUUUCCUGGGAUCUGUGACAUCUAUAUGGGUUACACUGAUAGCCAUGACAAAACUACCUCGUACCAUUAGGAGUGUGUUAUAUACAGCAGGACCAUUACUUAUAGCCAUGGGUAUAGAGUUAGAAAGGACCAGUUUAUACAUGUUUGUUGUACCAGGGGCAUUAGGAGUACUUUUUAUAGCUAUGUCUUGGGCAAGAAAAUGUUAUAAAAGACAUAAAUGCUACCCACCUUGUAAGCGAUAUUUGUUAUGCUUGUUGCCAGGAUUAUUGAUAGCUGGAGGUGGUCUCUGUAUAUUUGCAUUUGCAGAGAACAACAAAAAUUACAAAUACACACAUAGUGCAUGGCAUAUGUUAAUGGCUACCUGUACUAUGUUUUUAUUACCACCUAAACCCAAGAAACAAGAACCACUAUUUGGAUCAAACGAAGGAGGGAGACAAUGUUUGACAGGCUGCUUAGCAGAUGAUCCAAAUUCUACACCUCUGACAAGUUUUAGAGACACUGAAUCUCUAGAAAAUCUUAUUAUAUGAUUAUUUUUAUUUAACACCUAAAACCAUACAUGUGUAAUCCAAUUUGCAGUUUAGUUUGAACUUUAAUUAGAUCUGUUUAAACAAUUAUUGUUGCUUAUCAAUAUUGCUCAGAUGAAAUUACUUGCUUCAAUUGACCUGAUUUUAGAUUUACUUUAUUACCAACUGAGCAUUUUUGAUUUUAACACCAGAUGACAGUAAAUUCAGAAAUUUGUGCAUGUAUUUAUUAGUGCGAUUGCUGAACAAUUGACAAAAAUGCCAUAUCAAUUAUUGUGAUUUUCAAGAAAUUCUGUAUACAAAUAAUGCUUUAAGAUUAUAGAAUGUGAGAUUUUAUUAUUGCAAAACCUAUACUGUUGCUAUUUUCAUAAUAAUAAAUACAUUGCAAAAAAUUUCUGAAUAUACAAUACUCUUGAUGAAAUUAAAUACCAUCUACCACUUGUAGGAAUAUUGAUAAACACUUGUGUGGUAUAUAUGGUACAUAUCUCUAUAAUAAUAAUGCACUUAGUGGUACAUGUACUUAAAUUCAGGAUGGUCUGUAUAUCAGUAACUGAGUGAAUAGUAAAUUGUAAUUCAUCAUAUCAAACAGCUUGAAUAUAGUACCUAUAUAUGUGCCAGGGUGCAAACUACUUCAGAAUCGUAGGGAGUGACUUCCCUUUUUUGGGGGAAGUGGUGAGAUUUAAAGGAUAAUUGCUCUUUCCCUUUCACCACUAUAUUGUUUGGUUCUUAAAAUGAUAUAUCUUGCCAUUUUACUUAUCCAUUUAAUUCUUUUUUGUAUUGUUCAAUUAAAGUUCAAUGAGGAAAACUAUUCUGUUCAUAAAAUAUUUUUUUUUUUGUUCUAAUAUGUAUUAAUUUAAUUAAUUUUAAAAACAACUAAAAUCAAUAAAUUGAGACAAUGCAUGCAUAAAAAUAUAUACUUGUAACUAAGGGGCUCAAACAAUAUAAUAGAAAAAACAAAUGAUAUGGGGUAUCCAUCCAUGAUACAACAUAUGUCUAUUUUUAAUGUGUGCUGAAAGCGUAUUUUUCACUUUUUGGCUUGUUAUUCUCAUGUCAGCUGAAACUUGUUUUUAAUGCAACUAAUGAAUCAUACAUUAACUAAAGGCAAUUUUAUCACUUUUUUCAGAAGUAACAAAUUCAUUUUGCCUAAAAUCAGAAUCUUUUGAUGUUUUAAGCGAGUAACAGGUGCCGGAAGUGAAAUAAAAUUUUUCAAUUUGUUUGCAUAAAAAGUUGUUUCUUUGGAAAUAACAUCUACCUGUCUACAAAGUCAAUGCUUUCACGAGUCUGAGUAUCCUAGAUCUUUUUUUAAGAAGUUGAUCUGAAUAUUCUAGUCCCUUACAGAUGAUUUAUUUUUAUAGUUUUUUAAUGGAAUGCUUUAUGUUUAUACAUUGUGCAAUUUUAGAUCUGAAAUAAAUAAUGAAUCUAGUUUGAUUGUAGUUUUAUAACUUUGUUUUGUUAGAUACCAAGCAGUAAUUUAAAUUUGAGAUUUUAUUUUAUGGCAUUCUAUAUAUACUACACAAAUGAAUAUUUUUAGUCUUGUUUUAAAGUUCAAGUUUGACCAAUAAAUUAUAACAUGUUGUAAUCUGUAAAUCUUUGUCAGUGUAUUCCUCAUUGUAACAUGAGCUGCUUUCAAUGUCAAAAUCACUGCAUAUCUCGUCAUUAGGUUCUAUCUCAUCGACAUAAUUUUCAUCUCUUGUGAUCCCCAUUUAUAUUUAUUGUGUGUGGAGUGAUUUCAAUUUUUAUGGAUUUAUGAAAAAGCACUCUUAGAUUUUUCAAUUUUCUUGAAAAACUUUGGUAAUUAUAUAAAACUUUAAGUUUUUCAAGGAUAUAUUCUAGAAAGAUAACAAAAGCUACUACAUCAAAUACACUGGUACCAGAUACCAAAAUAUUUUCUUCUUACAAUUUUGAUUAAUUUCCCAUACCUAAUUCUAGUAAUUUGUGAAAAUUACCUAACAAACAUAUAUUUCUGAACAACAGCAGUUUCUUUCAUAGAAAAUUCAAAAGCUAGAACAUGAAUAUCUGUAAUACACUCCUGCACAAAAAAAAAAUUCUGAAGUAGCUAGCCAAGCAACUAAAUAUUUCUAUGAUCAGAAGAACAAAAAUUAUAACCUAGAACACAUGAAUUUCAAAGGAUUGGAAUUCGUUCAUAAAUUUUACCAAAACCCUUAAACAAAUGUUUGCAUGAAAGUUUCUUUCCUGAAAAUUUUUACUAAUUUUUAUAAUCAAAUGAUGGUAUUUAAAAUCUUUAUAUAAAUAUUAAAAUAUACACAUUAAAAUAUGGUUAAAUAUUACAUUCCAAGUAUUUUACAUUUCCAGGGGCCAUGAAAAUUUCAAGAGCCACUCAUGUGUUGAACACAUCUUUUGAAAUACAUUUUGCAUUAGUAAUUUAAAUAUUCACAUAAAUUAUAUGAAGUCCAUAAACUAAAGUAAUCUUAAGAUUUCUUGCUAUUUUUUUCCAUGUCUUUUAUAUUUUAAAAGACUAAAUACCUAGAUUUUUGUGGGAGUUACCAUAUUUCAUGGAUGUAGAUAGUUGAGGAAUGUUAUAGUUGCACAUUUUAUGCAUUAAUACUAAUAAUUAUGUUUUUGAUUACUUUUAAUUGGAAAUCUGAAUAAAUAAUCUUUUGAAAGGUAGUGUUUUAAUGUCCAUACUUCAUUGCAAAUGGGGACAUAAUAAUAGUUGGCAUUGGUUUAUAAACUUUGAGAAUGCAAUUACUCCUAUGGCUCUCAUAUUAGAAUGUUUGGUCAUAUGUUGUUGUUUUUCUAUCUGAAUAUCCCAAUACAAUGCAAUUUUUACAGUAUUCAUGACUAGAUCUAUCAUACUUUUUUGGAAUAAAGACAUAAUAACAAAGAACAAAUCUCAUAAGUUUUUUUUCAUUUUUGGUAGAAUGGUGUUUUAUUACUAGAUAAAAUAAUAAUAUUAUCAUACUAAUUCAAGCCACAUUCAACUUCUCACUUUAUAUACCUCAAUUCAUAAAAAUUUCUGUGAUCACAUCUGUGCUGAGGUCUUUUUGUCAAUUUCAAUAACUUUUGCAGAAGCAUAACCUGAAAAAAUCAGUCCCUCACUGCAAUCAAUCUCUCUUUCUUGCAAGGGCCUGAAUUCCUAACACACUAAAAACUCUUCACGAAUCCUGGAUUUUGAUUGUUUCCCUGUGGAAGAGGUAACCAAUCAGCAGUUUGCCCUAUUUUUGUUGAGACUGAUAAAUCCUGAAUGAUUGAUUGAGGAUUUUUUAUUGUCAAUGCAUUCAGGCGUUAAUGUAGCCAUUGUAGCACAGCGAAAUUUAACAACUGAAUUAUUCUGGUUAGCAGAAGCUAAGGCCCUUUUAAAUACAUUAAUCUAGCAUAUAGAUAAUACUUUUCAUUCAACUCGUUAGCUCAUGCAUAUUUGUAAAGAAGUUUGUUGUAUGGUGAUAUGUUAUAAGCUGUUUUGUCUUCCCCUUUGUAUUAGAUAAUUUUUCAGGAGUCAUAUGUAAUUUUAAAUAUGCAUUGGAAAGAGGAUGCCACUUUUCAUAUUUUUUCAAACAUCUCACUGUAAAAUGUACUUUUAAAACAUUGUUAAUUGUUGUUAUUUAUUGUUGACAUAAUUGUUGUGUAUGAUAUUUAAUAUAUUGCACUAUUCAUGUAAUAAUAAACCAUUAAACAGA